GAAUGCAGAUACCCUAGCUGGAAUCUGCCAACACUCAUUUCUUUCUUUACAAUUAAGUUGCAGCAGAGAUAUAACAGACCAGUCAUUUGUUAUGAACCAAACUAUUAACUCACAAUUGCCCAUUUUUCUUGUAGUGGUGGAUCAUACGUCGUAGUACCAGAUAAUUGUCACGAGUAUAAGGGUCGUAUUUUAGAAGUUUGUAUUCGAAUAAAGACCUCAGUAUGUGUAUGCAAGUGUCAUAAUGAAAAAAAGAACGCGAAGAACAAGGCCAGCUAGAGAGAGCCACAUAGUGUGAGCAGAGCAAGCAGACAUUAAGAUCACUGCUUAAUGAUAAUGAAGCUCUUUCUUUUAGUUUCUUUCCUCCUGUUACUCACUUCCUGUCAAGGUAGGAGAAAUUUGAAUACUUGGGAAGAUAAGUAUCCUUUCAUUAGAUAUGCAAGUUCUUUCUCCUCAUCUUCGUCGACUGCUGUUGGUAAAGCUUAUGAUUACAUAAUAGUUGGAGGUGGCACAGCUGGAUGCCCUUUAGCUGCCACUCUUUCCCAGAAUUUCAGUGUUUUAUUGCUCGAAAGAGGCGGGGUUCCAUUCACAAAUAGAAAUGUGUCAUUUCUUCGAAAUUUUCAUAUUUCUCUGGCAGAUCUUUCCCCUACCUCUGCUUCCCAGUACUUUAUUUCCUCCGAAGGUGUUUUCAAUUCCAGAGCUAGGGUUUUGGGUGGAGGCACUUGCAUCAAUGCUGGUUUUUACACCAGGCCUAGCCACAGGGAUAUUGAAAGGCUGGGAUUAGAUGCUAAACUAGUAAAUGAGUCAUACCCAUGGAUUGAGAACCAGAUUGUUCAUAUGCCUAAAUUGACAUCUUGGCAGCGGGCGAUGAGGUAUGGUCUGCUUGAAGUUGGGAUUUCACCUGACAAUGGCUUCACCUAUGAUCACUUAUAUGGAACCAAGGUUGGAGGGACAACUUUUGACAGAUAUGGUCGCCGCCACUCUGCUGCUGAGCUACUUAAGUCUGCCACCCGCGAAAAUCUUGAUGUUCUGAUUCAUGCAACUGUUCAGAAGGUUGUGUUUGAUAAAUCAGGGAAGAAGCCGAAGGCAAUUGGAGUAACGUUUAAAGAUGAAAAGGGGAAACAGCAUCUAGCAUUACUGUCAAAUAAGCAGGGGAGUGAAAUCAUACUGUCAUCUGGUGCUAUUGGUACCCCUCAACUGCUGCUACUUAGCGGUGUUGGACCUAAAGCUGACCUUGAAAGAAUGAACAUCUCUAUGGUGCUUGAUAAUGAGUUUGUCGGAAAAGGAAUGUCAGACAAUCCUAUGAAUUCACUUUUUGUUCCCUUCAAAACACGGAUGGAGCAAUCGUUGAUCCAAACUGUUGGUAUAGCUAAAACAGGUGUCUACAUUGAAGCUAGCAGUGGAUUUUCGCAGUCCCCUGAUAGUAUUCAUUGCAAUCACGGAAUGUUGUCAGCUGAGAUAGGGCAGCUCUCCACUAUUCCUCCAAAGCAAAGAACGAAAGAAGCUAUCGAGGCCUUUAAAAGAAACAAGCAUAACCUUCCUCAUGAAGUAUUCAAGGGAGGUUUUAUCCUCGGAAAAGUUGCUCACACCAAGUCAAGAGGGAAGCUCAGCCUCUGCAACACCAAUAUUGAUGAUAACCCGAGUGUAUCUUUCAAUUACUUCAGCCACCCCCACGAUCUGCAACAAUGCGUUCAUGCUUUUCACAUUAUUGAGAAACUUGUGAAGUCCACUCACCUGACCAACUACAUGCCACCUGACGAGGACACCUUUGAGAAGUUGCUUAAUCUCAGUGUCCUGGCCAAUGUCAACUUACUUCCUAGACACGCGAAUGAUACCAGGUCCUUAAAGCAAUUCUGCAAAGACACAGUAACCACAAUCUGGCAUUUUCAUGGCGGAUGCCAAGUAGGCAAAGUAGUAAAUUCAGAUUACAAGGUUCUUGGAGUGCAAGGGCUUCGUGUCAUCGAUGGUUCCACAUUUUCCCAAUCUCCAGGCACUAAUCCUCAAGCCACAUUGCUCAUGAUGGGAAGAUACAUGGGCUUAAAGAUUCUUAAGCGGCGAUUAGGCCACACAGCAGCUGGUACAUAAUUAGCAGACCACCGAAGAACAUCAUAUUUUUACAGUAAGGUCCUAGUUUAGCCUUAUUUAUUAUUUUCAGCGCGCAAAUUAUAAUCUGAGCAGCGCGUUCUGUUGCAUUCAUAUUAUGAAUCACCAAGAACCCGUAACGAUGUACUAUAAAUCUUAGCAUCUGGUUGACAUUGCAGUAAUGUUCUAGAUUACUCAGAA